UAGCGAGACCUGAGCAUGGAAAGAUCGCCAGCAGCCAAUGCCGCGGAGCCUCCUGGCGAGGACGGAGGAUUCGAGGCGGACCAGCGCCGACCACCUCGCAUCACGUUCAGCGAUAACUCCAGCUCCCUGAUCCGCUGCAUCCCCAACGAACGAGCCACCUUCUUCGUGAAGAUCGACUGCGCCGAGGAGGAUGAGCCGGAACUGCUGCCCUUCAAAUUCGAGUGGACCCGAGGCGAUAUUCCCAUCGAGAACUCUGACCGCUUUCGCAUCACGGCCACCAGCAAUGCCGUUCAGUUGGCCGUGGAGCAUGUGCAGCGGGAGGAUGCCGGCCACUACACGCUGUUCGCCCGGACGAAGAGCCAGGAUGUGGUGCGCAGGCACGUGGAGCUCAUCGUGGAGGACAGAUCCACGGGCGACGAUCCGCCGGUGUUCCUGCGCCGCCUGCUCGACCUUUCUGUAAAAGUGGGCACCCGGACACGCCUCCUGACCGAAAUACGCAGCUCCACAGAUCUUAAGCUAACCUGGUACAGAAACGACCGAAGGGUGUGUGCGAAUGACCGCAUCACGGAGGUCAAUGAGGGCACCUUCCACUAUCUGGAGGUCAGUCCCGUGACGCUGGAUGACGGUGGUCAGUGGAUGCUCAUGGCGGAGAACUUUGGCGGACGCAACUCCUGCCUGGGAACGCUGAACGUCUUGGUGCCGAAGGCCUACAAAGCCCCAGAGUUCGUGGAGGAGCUGCGUGCCGUGCUGACGGAGCAGGGAACCGUCUCGCUGGAGUGCAAGGUGGUGGGCGUGCCCACGCCCCAUUUGCGCUGGUUCAAGGACUCCAAGGAGAUCAAGGCGGGCGACAUCUUUGCCCUGACCGCCAACGCUGAUGACCCCACCUCACUGGGCACCUACACCUGCGAGGCACGCAACUGCAUGGGCGUCACCUACUCCAGCUCCAAGGUGCAUGUGGUGGGACGUGGGAGUCGCGAGGGGUCCCUUAAGCCGGCGGACAGCGUGGCGAGCAAUGCGCCACCUCCGAUAUUCACGAACGAACUGCGGGACAUGAGCCUCCUCAUCGGGGAUACCAUCAUUCUCGGCUGUCAAGUGGUGGUACCGCCCUGGCCCAAAAGCGUCUGCUGGUACAAUGCGAACGGACGGGUGGAGACCGCCGAGCGCUACAAACUGAUCGAGGACGGACUGGGCGUCUACAUGAUCGAGGUGAAGCCCUCGGAGUCCUGCGAUGGCGGCGAAUGGAAGUGCGUGGUGACCAGCUUCGAUGGCAGUGUGGGCAUCACAUCGUGCACCGUUGCCAUGGACAUUCCCAGAAACUACCGCAAGCCCAGGUUCAUGGAGAGUCUGCGCGCCGUUCUCACCGAGGAGGGCCUGGUCUCCUUUGAAUGCAAGGUGGUGGGCUUUCCCACGCCCGUGCUCAAGUGGUUCAAGGAUGGCCACGAACUGAAGCCGGGCGAUGUCUACCAGCUGACGGGCACCAACUCAUUGGGCACCUACUGCUGCAUCGCCCGCAACUGCAUGGGAGAGACCAGUAGCACUGCAGUCCUCACCGUGGAGGACAUCCAGAACCAACUCACCGACGAGGAGCGUCUCGUCUUCACCCAGCAAAACCAAAACCAAGCGCCAAAGUUUCUCACUGGACUUAAGAGCACCGAUGCCAAGAUCAACGAACCCUUCCAGUUCAAGGUGGUGGUGAAGGCCACUCCGGAUCCGAUACUUUCCUGGUUCCGUGAUGAGCUGCCCAUUGAUCCGAACGAACGAUAUAAUCAUUACCGGGGCGAAAACGAGGAGUGGCUGUUGGACAUCAAGGCAGUGGAGUUUGUCGAUCAGGCGGAGUGGAAAUGCGUGGCCGUAAAUGAUUUCGGCACCAGUAUUACCUCCUGCUUCCUAAAGCUGCAGAUUCCGCGGCACUACAAGAAGCCCCGCUUCCUGGAGUGCCUCCGAGCGGUGUUGACCGAGGAGGGAGCCGUGAAUCUGGAGUGCAAGGUCAUCGGAGUGCCCCAGCCCGCUCUCAAGUGGUACAAGGAUGGCGUUGAGCUGAAACCGGGGGACAUCCAUCGCAUUAUUUCUGGACAGGAUGGCACCUGCUGCCUGGGCACCUACACCUGCGAGGCACGAAACUGCAUGGGUGUCGUUGCCAGCUCGGCAUCGCUGUUGGGCUUCGAGGAUGCCCAAAAGAGCCAGCAGCAGAAGAGCGAGCAGCUGCACGAGAACGAGCUGCAGAGGAACUACUCCCUGUCCACCAUCCAAGAGGAGCGCACCUCCCAGCUGUAUGAGACGCCUGUCGGUGACAUAACCAUCGAUGACAAGGGCGACGUGUCCUUCUCCUUCGACGGCAAGGAGGUCUCGGUUUCUCUUUACGAGACCCCCGAUCUCACCGAGGAGGAGGCCCUCAAAAUUGUGGAAAUGUAUGCCGAUCAAAUCUCGGAGCAUGUGACGGAGCACAAUAUCGUGGAACUGCCACCGCUGCGUUUCGUUAAGGAGACCUCACAGUCGGGAAAACUUUUGAUGGAAGCCGUGGUCAUUGACAUUUCACCCGAAUAUUUCACAGUCGAAGAUGAUAUGCGUACUGAAGCCGAUAUGGAUGACAUUUCCAUAAACGAGAUCACGGUGCACGGAUCUUCGGGAAGGGAAGAGAAAGUCGACAAGGAGACUCAGCAAUACGUCCAGGAGUCCUUUGACAAAAUGGAAGAGGAGCUAUCGCUCUCAGCUCCGAUUCGAAAGCGGAAGAAGUCCAAGCCCACAGAGACGGAUGAAUUCUUCAGCCUAUCCAAAGCCUCGGCUUCCGGCAGCCAGGGCGAGGAGGAGACAUCCGAUUUGCAAACCUUUGCCAGUGCCCAGAUGUCCGCAUCCCAAAAGGGCGCUUCUGGAGCUCAAACCAGUCCGGAGAAGGACAAAGAUUCUACGGCACCGCCGAAACGGAAGAAGUCAAAGAAACCCACGGACAGUGAUUCCUCCAAGACCACUGAGGAUGAAGCUCGAUUACAGGACAUUUCAGGUGCCGUGGGAGAUGGACUCCUGGUCACACCUUCCUCCCAUGCCAAGGCCGUCACCGACGAGAAUGAGAUCAAUAAAAAUUUGAUUGCCCUCGUUCCGCUGGCGAAACUGCUCAAAGUAAUUGAGAAUCAUUUGACAGCUGUUGAGAAUGAGGUGAUGGAGCAGUCCACCAUGAUGAUGACCCCGUCGGCUGCAGAUCAGAGCAUAGCCAUUAUUCGCAACAUCAUAGAUCCCAUCAAGCAAAUCGAAUCGAAGCUGCGGGUCUACUCUGGCGAAACUCAAAUCGACGCCCUCAUCCAAUCCAUGGACGAGGAUAUUCGCCGGCUGCACAUGGGCCUGCAGGUCAUCGAAAAGUGUGUGGAGAUCGAUGAGACUGGAGCAACGCUCAUUCAGCGCACCAGUGUCUGCAUUAUUGACAGCGUGGCCGACCAAAUGAAACGUGCUCUGGAAGAGCUGAAGAUCGUAAGCAGGAAGUUUGAGUCGGAGUGUCUUCGGGCCCAAAUCGAAUUGACUGCCGACGACAUCCAACAGGGAUUAGAGAUCACGCAGGGCACUAUUAAAUCACAGGCCCUUCUGCAGGAGGCGCAGGAAUUGGAGGCAGCUAAGCAUUUCUCUGAAGCCGUGGAGAAAAUGCAAGAGGUUCCCGAUUCCAUAUCUUUUGCUACUAUAUCGGAGGCCAAUCUUCCCAGCGAAGCAAGCGCUUUGAAAGAGAUUUGCCAACCAGUGGCAAAGAUUCAGGAAGCGCUGGAACGCGUCGAAAUGGAGCUCUCGUUGGAGGAGUCAGAGGAGCAGAUAUAUAAGAAAGUACACCAAAAAGUACUCGAGAGCAUUGUGGAGCCCAUUAAGCAGCUUCAAAGCACGCUGCAGGCAAUCGAGGAUAAGACAGAAUCCCUGGCCGGGUCCGAGUCAAUGGAGCAGAAAAUCAACAUGGCCAUUCUGGAUAUUGUCACCCCACCCCUCUUUGAGCUUAACAAGGGCCUUGAGGUAAUCCUUAACGAAAAAUCAGAUAGUGUGGAGGGAGGAAUGCUGACUGUUAGCACUGUGGAAUCGAUGGUUCCACCUCUGCAGGAGAUUCAAAAUGGCUUGGCGCAACUGGGGCAAGAUCUGGAAAGUGGACAGGCCACCAUGCCUCAGGAGGAGCAUCGAUCUGAGCCGGCACUAGAUGUGGCUGACACCCAGAAACUUUUGCAAUCAUUCGCGCAGGCUGUGUUGCAUUUUGAAACGAACAUCGAGAGGAUCUCUCCCCGACUCUCCUCCAACGUAAAGAUUCGCUUGCUAAACCUAAAGGAUGAACUAUCAGCUUUAAUAAGCACAAUUCUGGAAAGAGACAUAACCGGACAUCAUGUAGAGCUGCUGGAUAGACUGAAGCGGCCCGUCGACGAGCUGAACUACUGCAUUCGACAGACAGAGGUCAAGAAUAUGACCGGUUCCCUGGCCGACCUGAUUGAACCCCUGAGCAUGUUGCAGGAAAACACCCAAAAAGGUCAUGGCCGUUUGCUCACAGCUCGGGAACCCGAUCAGCAAGCUCUUCAAACCCUGGACAACAUACGCAGCAUCAUUCGCAAUGUGGUCAUAGACAUAGAAGAGCACGAAUUUAAGAUUUUGCAGCAGGAGAUUCAGCAGGACGAGGAGCAAGCCUCGCAGCAGCAGGACAAAUCAUUCAGUGCCUUGCGGAAGGUGCUGGAAACAAAGGUGUCUCUGGAGGAGGCAGUGGGCAACAUUGAAACGCUGCAGGAAGCACUAAACAAAAUAAGUGAAAGCCCAAAGGCGUCUGAGAGAGUGAAAACCUCCUCCAAUGAAGCUCAAGUGUACCUACUUCGUAUCCUGCAGAUUGCCAAGGGACUGGCGACAUUUAGCGAGGCAGAGACAACACUCGAUGUCAACGAGGCCAACACAACCAGAAUUCUCUUUGAAUGUGGCAAAAGUUUUGCUGACUUGGCUAAAGCUCUGGACAGUCCCGAUUCUUUGACUGAAAAAGAAUUUAUAAAUGCCCUGAAUCAGUUUGGUGAUAUUGUUGGCCAGCAAAAGCAAUCGAUGGAUGAGAAGCUUUCUAUUGCCAGUCCUCUCUCCAGUCUGAUUCAUGUGCUCGAUAAUCUGAAGCCUUUGAAAGCUUCUAUGGAGGAUUUAUCCACUUUGGAUGAUGUGUCAGUGCUUAAGUCAGCCGCAGAGUCUUUGCCAACUGAACCGGAGGCGGAACCCUUAAGUGCCGAGAAACCCUCGCCCUUUGCUGUCUUACUAUCGGACUUGAACCAAGGAAUUACUUCGGUUCUUUCACACUGUGAAGACCCUGACGUGGUCUCCUUGUCGGGUACAGGUGCCCAGCAUGUCCAGGAAGCCCUCGUCAAGAUGCAAGAACUGCAAAACAGCUUGGCAUUGGUACAGGAAACAAACGUGGUGGAAGCAGCUCAUCCCUUGUCAGAGGCAAGUCAACAGGGCACUUUUGCUGAGGCCCUCUGCAGUUUGGAGCGAUGUGUUCUCCAGGUGGAGGAGUGCAUGGCCCACAGUGGCGUUGAAAGUCUUACUGAUCUUGAAUUGUCCAAACUUAAAGCCUUGGCCACUCCAUUGCGUGAUGUUCGGCAGUACUGCGAACAGAUUGAUGUACAGCUCCUGGAAAAUCUCGCUGAUAUAUCUACGCAGGGGGAUAUAUCCGACUUAAAGAGCAGUGGUCAUCAGCAAACCGUUUCAGAUCAUAUCCAGGAAGUAGCUGUUGUAGAAGAAGAGCCAAAAGUGGAGGUUUUCGACAUACAACAGGGUGUCGCUAGUGGCAUCAAGCAACUAGAGGCUUGUCUAGAAGUCACCCAGACCGAUGCCAACAAAGAGCUACAACAAGUUGGCAAAAUAAUGGAGCAACUAAAGUCGGAUCUAGAGAAUAUUCAGACGGCUCUGGUCACGGAUACCGUUCAGCAGGAAACAGUUCUGGCUCAGGCGGAAAUAGCCCGCACCAUGUUUAGAUUAAAGGAAUCCUUGGUACACACGUAUGAAUCUGGUCUUGUGGAUUCGUUGGAAAACGUGGAAAGUGCCUUUGAAGACAUAUUGCUUUCGUUGCCAAUACUAGAGACUCAGUUAGCAGAGGAAAUGUUUGGCAAAAUCGAAAAAGCCUUCGGUAACUUUGUGGCCUAUUGUGAGCGAUUAGAAGCUGUGGAUCAUCAACAACUUAAAACUCUCAAGAAUCCUAUUGAAAAUCUUGCUCGUUCCAUUGGAGCUGUCGCCACUCAACCCACUGUCGAUGUCGAUAAAUCCUCAGCAGUCGUUGUUCAACUGCAGACCAGUCUGAUGGCAGCUUUUCGAAGUCUAAAUGAAGCUAGCGAGCAGGUCGGUAACGAGGUAUUGGGAGGACUUCUUAAAACCCAAAGUAGCUUAGUGACUGUUUUCGAUUUUAUUGAGAACAAUGACAACACAAUACGAGUUAUAGAACUUCUGCAGGAAAUUGAUUCCAUUACAUCGGAACUGAAGGCAUUAUCUGAAAUUCCUGUUGAGCCUACAGUGCCAAUUGACAUUAGCGUAAUUAUUGAAAACGUUUUGUCUGGAAAAGCUUUCCUCACCGAAAUCGAGGAGGGACUUCAAGCUAAUAGUCCUCAGUGUAUUCUUUUGCUCGAUGAAAACACUGAAGAUAUCGCUCAACUAGAGGCAACACUCGUCCAAAUUGAGAAAGAAAUCCUAUCUCAACCGCAACUCACUCAGAUUACCGCUAAGCAAUUUACUCUCAUAGAUACACUGCAGCUCCAGAUAAGUAUUUUACAGGAAAAGUUAAAAAAACUGAAUGUAUUUCUUUCUGAACUUCAAAGUCAAUCGGAUGUAUCGUCGCCUGAAUCGGCUUUGGAUACUGACUUAGAUAACAAAGAGGGAUCAGGGAGCCAGGAGGACAUUGAACCGGAAGCUAAACGACCCAAACUUUUGGAAAUUGACCAACAACUAGAUUCUGACACUUCUGUUAUCACUCAAGAAGUACCUCCAGAAACUACAGAAGAUAGCAAGAAAUCAAAGAAAAAGGAAUCGGAAACUCAAACGGAAAAUCAGUUGAAAGAAAAGUCAGUUAUUGACCUAAAAGUGACUGAACCGACAUUGGAAAAGGCAAAGAUAGAUAAGAUGGAAAAACCAUCUGAGCUUGCGUCUCAAGUUGCAUCUCCAGAAUGUAUUCUAGAAGCUUUAACGGAGAAGUUAUCCCAAUCUCUUAACAAUAGUGCAAAUAAUGAAGAAAUAAAAUCAAUUAUUACAGAAAGCCAAGAUAUUCUUGAGAAUAUAAAUGAUAUCGACAAAGUUUCAAAAUCUAUAUUCAAAUUAAGGGAGCAUAUAGUUCACACUUAUGAUGGUAAACCCCCAGAGGAACAGACAGACAAAGAACUUGCUGAAGAAAUUAUUGAAUCGCUUUUUGAUGCCUGCCCAGAAGCUACUGAGCAUGUAAUUCAAAACUAUAUUAAAGAAAUUAAAACCAACGUUAUUUUAACAAAGGCUGCAAUUCAACUUAUAGAUGAUAGCAAAAUGUUCACAAAGCCAUCACUACUAGUACCAAAAUUGGUUAAUUUGGAAAGAAUUUCAGAAAAAACUCAAUUGGAACAACAUUUUGAUAAGUCAUCUGAAAAAAUGAUUAGUCUACAGCAGAAUUUGAUGGACAUUUUUAUUAUACUUGAUGAUCUUUUAGAUGAAAAGACGGAAAAAAUAAAUCCUAAGAUAGAAGAAAUAAAGAAAAUAUUGCUAAGCGAAUAUGACUAUAUCGAGAAAAAACAAGGUCAGCUAAAUACGGCUGUAAUUCAUGGACAAAUACAAAUUAUUACUCAAAAAAUUCUUACCAUUUGUGAGGACUUUAAAGAUCUUAUAGAAAAACAAAACCAAAACAAGGAUGAAGCAAUUGAAAUAAAAAUAGCAGAAGAAAAGGCGGAAGACGUGGUAGACCAUUCAGUAACAGAACAGAAGUCUGAGAUCAGCGUUACUGCAAAUAAAUCAGAAAGCGCUAGGGUUUUGGAGAAGCACAUCCUGGAUGAAAUGCAGUUGGAAAUUGAGGUUCAAAAGCAAGCUGACAAAGACUUGGAACAGGAGUCCCAAGAACCAGAAGUAACUGAGGUUGUUGUGGAGAAGGUAUCCGAAGAAAAGAUUGAAGAGCUCAAAAAGACAGAAAUGAAGGAUACAGACACUACAUCAGAGAUGGCCAAGGUUUUGGAGAAACAAAUCUUGGAAGAAAUGCAGUUGGAAGUUAAGGCUCACACACAAGCUGACACAGAUGUCGAACCGAAAUCUCAGAUACCAGAAGUAAGUGAAAUCGUUGUGGAAAAGAUAUCCGAAGAAAAAAUCGCAGAUCCCAAACAGGCUGAAAUAAAGGAUACUGAAACUAAAUCAGAGAAGGUCGAAGCUGUGGAUGAGCAAAUUCUAGCAGAACAGUAUUUGGAUGUUACUACUCAAAAGCAAGAUGACGAACAGAAACCAGAAGCAUCUGAGGUCGUUUCGGAGAAGAUAUCAGAAGAAAUUAUCGAAGAAUCCAAAAAGCCUGAAACAAAGAAAACUGAAACAAAAUCACAGAAAGCUGAAGCUUUGGAAAAACGACUCCUAGAAGAAAAGCAACUGGAAGUUGAGGCUCAAAAACAAGCUGACAAAGAUGUCGAACAGAAACCCCAGAAAUCAGAAGAAUCUGAGGUCGUUGCGGAGAAGAUAUUCCAAGAAAAGAUUGAAGAGCCCAAAAAGCCUGAAAUAAAGGAUGCAGACACUAAAUCAGUGAUGGCAAAGGUUUUGGAGAAACAAAUCUUGGAAGAUAAGCAAAUGGAAGUUGAAGCUCAAAAGCAAGCUGACAACGAUUUUGAACAGAAAUCCCAAAAACCAGAAGUAUCUGAGGUCGUUGCGGAGAAGACAUCCGAAGAAAAGAUUGAAGAACCCAAAAAGGCUGAAAUAAAGGAUACUGAAAUUAUAUCAGAGAAGGCCGAAGAUUUGGAUAAGCAAAUUCUACCCGAACAGCAUAUGGAUGUUGAAACUCAAAAGCAAGCUGACCAAGAUGCCGAACAGAAGCACCAGAAACCAGAAACAUGUGAGGUUAUUUCGGAGAAAAUAUCAGAAGAAAAUAUCGAAGUACCCAAAAAACCUAAAAUAAUGGAAACUGACACCAAAUCACAGAAGGCUGAAGCUUUGGAGAAACGACUCAUAGAAGAAAAGCAAUUGGAAAUUGAGGCUCAAAAACAAUCUGACAAAGAUGUUGAACUGAAAUACCAGAAACCAGAAGUAACUGAGGUCGUUGCGGAGAAGAUAUCGCAAGAGAAGAUAGACGAACCAAAGAAACCUGAAAUAAAGGAUACAGAAAACAAAGCAGAGAAGGCCAAGGCUUUGGAGAAGCAAAUCCUGGAAGAAAGGCUAAUGGAAGUUGAGGCUCAAACACAAGCUAACACAGAUGUCGAACAGAAAUCCCUGAUACCAGAAGUAACUGAGGUCGUUGCGGAGAAGAUAUCCGUAGAAAAGACUGAAGAGCCCAAAAAGCCUGAAAUAAAGGAUACAGACGCUAAAUCAGAGAAGGCCAAGGUUUUGGAGAAACACAUCUUGGAAGAUAAGCAAAUGGAAGUGGAUGCUCAAAAGCAAGCAGACAAAGAUAUCGAACAGAAAUCCCAAAAACCAGAAGUAACUGAGGUCGUUGCGGAGAAGAUAUCCGAAGAAAAGAUCGAAGAUCCCAAAAAACCGGAACUAACGGAUACAGAAACAAAAUCAGAGAAGGCCAAGGCUUUGGAGAAGCAAAUCCUGGAAGAAAAGCAACUGGAAGUUGAGGCUCAAAAGCCAGCUGACAGAGAUGUCGAACAGAAAUCCCAGAAACCAGAAGUAAGUGAAGUCGUUGUGGAAAAGGUAUCCGAAGAAAAGAUCGAAGAUCCCAAAAAGCCUGAACUAACGGAUACAGAAACAAAAUCAGAGAAGGCCAAGGCUUUGGAGAAGCAAGUCCUGGAAGAAAAGCAACUGGAAGUUAAGGCUCAAAAGCCAGCUGACAGAGAUGUCGAACAGAAAUCCCAGAAACCAGAAGUAAGUGAAGUCGUUGUGGAAAAGAUGUCCGAAGAAAAGAUCGAAGAUGCCAAAAAGGCUGAAAUAAAGGAUACUGAAACUAAAUCAGAGAAGGUCGAAGCUGUGGAUGAGCAAAUUUUAGCAGAACAGCAUUUGGAUGUUGCCACUCGAGAGCAUAUUGACAAAGAUGGCCAACAGAAACCAGAAUCAUCUGAGGUCGUUUCGGAGAAGAUAUCAGAAGAAAAUAUCGAAGAACCCAAAAGGCCUGAAAUAAAGGCUGAAGCUUUGGAAAAACGACUACUAGAAGAAAAGCAAUAUGAAGUUGAGGCUCAAAAACAAGCUGACAAAGAUGUUGUACAGAAAUCCCAGAAACCAGAAGUAACUGAGGUCUUUGCGGAGAAAAUAUCAGAAGAAAAUAUCGAAGUACCCAAAAAGCCUGUAAUAACGGAUACAGAAACUAAAUCGGAGAAGGCCAAGGCUUUGGAGAAGCAAAUCCUGGAAGAAAAACAACUGGAAGUUGAGACUCAAAAGCAAGCUGACAGAGAUGUCGAACAGAAAUCCCAGAAACCAGAAGUAACUAAGGUCGUUCCCGGGAAAAUAUCAGAAGAAAAUAUAGAAGAAUCGAAAAAGCCUGAAAUAAAGGAAACUCAAACACAAUCACAGAAGGCGGAAGCUUUGAAGAAGCAAAUCCUAGAGGAAAAGCAAUUGGAAGUUGAGGCUCAAAAACAAGCUAACAAAAUUGUCGAACAGCAAUCCCAAAAACCAGAAGAAUCUGAGGUCGUUGUGGAGAAGAUAUCGCAAGAGAAGAUAGACGAACCAAAGAAACCUGAAAUAAAGGAUACAGAAAACAAAGCAGAGAAGGCUAAGGCUUUGGAGAAGCAAAUCCUGGAAGAAAGGCUAAUGGAAGUUGAGGCUCAAACACAAGCUAACACAGAUGUCGAACAGAAAUCCCUGAUACCAGAAGUAACUGAGGUCGUUGCGGAGAAGAUAUCCGUAGAAAAGACUGAAGAGCCCAAAAAGCCUGAAAUAAAGGAUACAGACGCUAAAUCAGAGAAGGCCAAGGUUUUGGAGAAACACAUCUUGGAAGAUAAGCAAAUGGAAGUGGAUGCUCAAAAGCAAGCAGACAAAGAUAUCGAACAGAAAUCCCAAAAACCAGAAGUAUCUGAGGUCGAUGCGGAGAAGGUAUCGCAAGAGAAGAUAGACGAACCGAAGAAACCUGAAGAAAAGGAUACAGAAAAUGAACCAGAGAAGGCCAAAUCUUUGGAGAAGCAAGUACUGGAAGGAAAACAAAUUGAGGCUCAAAAACAUGCCGACACAGAUGUUGAACAGAAAUUCCAGAAAACAGAAGUAACUGAGGUCGAUGCGGAGAAGACUUCCGAAAAAAAGAUUGAAGAUCACAAAAAGGGUACAGAUACUAAAGCAGAGAACUCUAAGGCAUUGGAGAAGCAAGUCUUAGAAGAAAAGAAAGCGAAAUCUCAAGAAGAAGUACUAAAGACUUUGAACGACAGACUUACGGAUCUAUCACAGGAAGUGAGCUUUAGUAACAAUGAUAUUUUGGCAGAAUGUCAAUAUACUAUCAAUAACCUUGAAGAUAUCAACGCAGUUGCCAAAUUUAUGUUUAAAAUAAGAGAGCACAUAGUUCACGUAUAUUCUGGAACAAAAGCCGCAGAUCAAAAAGGUAAAGAACUUUUUGAAUCAUUUAUUGAAUCGCUGUGCGAUGCCUGCCCUGAAGCAGCUGAGCAAGUUAUACACAAUUAUCUCAAAGAAAUUAAAACUAACGUGAUUUUAACAAAAGCAGCAAUUCAACUGAUCGACGACUGCAAUAUGUUCACCAAGCCAUCAUUAUUAAUCCCAAAGCUUGUAAAUCUGGAGAGAGUUUCCAUGAAAAUUCAAUCGCAAACACAUGUUGAUAAAUCAUCGGGGAAAAUGAUUAGUUUGCAACAGAGCUUAAUGGAUAUUUUCGUUAUCCUUGAUGACUUGUUAGACGAAAAGACGGAAAUAUUGAAACCAAAAAUAGAACAGAUUAAAACCAUAUUGCUUAGCGACUAUGACUAUGUUGAAAAGAAAGAAGGUCAACUACAUACCGCCGUAAUUAAUGGUAAAAUUAAAAUUGUAACGCAAAAUAUUCUGACUGUUAUUGAAGACUUAAAAGAAAUGACAGACAAACAAAGUCAGAAAUCAAUCAAAGAGCUAAAUCAGGGUGAAAAUGUCCAAAAGGAGAUUUCUGCUGGAGAAGAAGAUCAAAAGGGUUUAAAGGUUCUUACCGAUCAGAUAUCCGAAGAAAAGGUGGAAGAAAGUCAAACGACCGAGGUAAUGGACUCUGAAGCUAAGUCUGAGAUAGCAAAGUCCUCGGAGAAGAAACCAAAAGAAGAAGAAAAACUGGAAGACAAAAACCAAAAACAGACUGAGACCGCUGCUGACAAGAAAAACCAAAAGGCAGAGGUUUUCGAGGUUGUUGCAGAAAAUAUAUUCGAAGAAAAGGUGGAAGAAAGCCAAACGACCGAAGUUAAGGACUCUGAAGCUAAAUCUAAGAAAGCAAAGGCCUCGGAGAAGAUACCAAUCGAAGAAGAAAAACUGGAAGGCAGGAACCAAAAACAGACUGAGACCGCUGCUGACAAGAAAGCCCAAAAGGGAGAGGUUUCCGAGGUUGUUGCAGAAAAGAUAUCCGUAGAAAAAGUGGAAGAAAGCCAAACGACUGAAGUUAAGGACUCUGAUGCUAAAUCUAAGAGAGCAAAGGCCUCGGAGAAGAUGCCAAUCGAAGAAGAAAAACUGGAAGACAAAAACCAAAAACUGACUGAGACCGCUGCUGACAAGAAAGCCCAAAAGGCAGAGGUUUCCGAGGUUGUUGCAGAAAAGAUAUCCGUAGAAAAGGUGGAAGAAAGCCAAACGACCGAAGUUAAGGACUCAGAAGCUAAAUCUAAGAAAGCAAAGGCGUCGGAGAAAAAACCAAUCGAAGAAGAAAAACUGGAAGACAAGAACCAAAAACAGGCCGAAAUCGCUCUUGACAAGAAAGCUCAAAAGGCAGAGGUUUCCGAGGUUGUUGCAGAAAAGAUAUUCGAAGAAAAGGUGGAAGAAAGCCAAAAGACCGAGGUUAAGGACUCAGAAGCUAAAUCUAAGAAAGCAAAGGCCUCGGAGAAGAUACCAAUCGAAGAAGAAAAAUUGGAAGACAAAAACCAAAAACAGGGUCAGGUCGAUGUUGACAAGAAAGCUCAAAAGGCAGAGGUUUCCGAGGUUGUUGCAGAAAAGAUAUCUGAGGCAAAAUCUAAGAAAGCAAAGGCCUUGGAGAAGAAACCAAUCGAAGAAGAAAAACUGGAAGACAAGAACCAAAAACAGGCUGAAAUCGCUCUUGACAAGAAAGCUCAAAAGGCAGAGGUUUCCGAGAUUAUUGCACAGAAGAUAUCCGAAGAAAUGGUGCAAGAAAGCCAGAAGUCCGAAGUUAAGGACUCUGACGCCAAAUCUAAGAAAGCAAAGGCCUUGGAGAAGAAACCAAUCGAAGAAGAAAAACUGGAGGACAAGAACCAAAAACAGAGUCAGAUCGAUGCUGACAAGAAAACUCAAAAGGCAGAUGUUUCCGAGGUUGUUGCAGAAAAGAUAUCCGAUGAGAAGGUGGAAGAAAGCCAAAAGACCGAGGCUAAGGACUCUGAAGCUAAAUCUAAGAAAGCAAAGGCCUUGGAGAAGAUGCCAAUCCAAGAUGAAAAACUGGAAGACAAGAACCAAAAACAUUCUGAAAUCGCUUCUGACAAGAAAGCUCAAAAGGCAGAGGUUUCUGAGGUUGUUGCAGAAAAGAUAUCCGAAGAAAAGGUGGAAGAAAGCCUGAAGUCCGAAGUUAAGGACUCUGGCGCUAAAUCUGAGAACCAAAAACAGGCUGAAGUCGCGGUUGACAAGAAAGCUCAAAAGGCAGAAGUUUCCGAGGUUGUUGCAGAAAAGAUAUCCGAAGAGAAGGUAGAAGAAAGUGAAAAGACCGAAGUUAUGGACUCUGCAGCUAAAUCUAAGAAAGCAAAGUCCUCGGAGAAGAAGUCAAUCGAAGAAGAAAAACUGGAAGACAAGAACCAAAAACAGGCUGAAGUCGCUGUUAACAAGAAAGCUCAAAAGGCAGAAGUUUCUGAGGUUGUUGCUGAAAAGAUAUCCGAAGAAAAGGUGGUAGAAAGCCAAAAGACCGAGGUUAAGGACUCAGAAGCUAAAUCUAAGAAAGCAAAGUCCUCGGAGAAGAAGUCAAUCGAAGAAGAAAAACUGGAAGACAAGAACCAAAAACAGGCUGAAAUCGCUGCUGACAAGAUAGCUCAAAAGGCGGAGGUUUCCGUGGUUGUUGAGGAAAAAAUAUCCGAAGAGAAGGUAGAAGAAAGGAAAAAGACCGAAGUUAUGGACUCUGAUGCUAAAUCUAAGAAAGCAAAGUCCGCAAAAAAGAAGUCAAUCGAAGAAGAAAAACUGGAAGACAAGAACCAAAAACAGGCUGAAAUCACUGUUGACAAGAAAGCUCAAAAGGCAGAGGUUUCCGAGGUUGUUGCAGAAAAGAUAUCCGAAGAAAAGGUGGAGGAAAGCCAGAAGUCCGAAGUUAAAGACUCUGGUGUAAAAUCUGAGAAAGCAAAGGCCUCGGAGAAGAAACCAAUCGAAGAAGAAACACUGGAAGACAAGAAACAACAACAGGCUGAAAUCGCUGCUGACAAGAAAGCUCAAAAGGGAGAGGUUUUAGAGGUUGUUGCAGAAAAGAUGUCUGAAGAGAAGGUGGAAGAAAGACAAAAGACCGAAGUUAAGGACUCUAAAGAUAAAACUAAGAAAGCAAAGGCCUCGGAGAAGAAGCCAAUCGAAGAAGAAAAACUGGAAGGCAAGAACAAAAAAGAGGCUGAGAUCGCCACUGACAAAAAAGCUCAAAAGGCAGAGGUUUCCGAGGUUGUUGCAGAAAAUAUAUCCAAAGAUAAUGUGGAAGAAAGACAAAAGACCGACGUUAAGGACUCUAAAGAUAAAACUAAGAAAGCAAAGGCCUCGGAGAAGAAACCAAUCGAAGAAGAAAAACUGGAAGACCAGAACCAAAAACAGGCUGAGGUCGCUGCAGAUAAAAAGGAUAAUAAAAUAGUUGACGUCAAUGAUGUUAAAGUUGACGCUGAGAGGACGGCGGUCCUGGAUGACGAAUUAGUUAUUCCGAAACGAAAGCCGUACGAUGCUGAAGAAACUGUCGACUCCAGUAGCUUGCAAACGUACAAGUCAAUGGGUACAGAGUACAAGGAUAGAAAGGAGUCCCGAAGUGCCAAGCGGAAGCCAACUGUGGAUAUACAACUGACCAACCGAAACACGGCGUCUGGCAGCGACCUCAAGUUGACUUGUGGGCUGUCAGGUCACGACAUGACUGUGCAGUGGUUCAAGGAGAAUUGUCCCAUCGAGAAUGGUGCCAAGUACAGGAGGACAUUGAACGACGGACUGUCGUGCCUUGAAAUUAAAUCGGUCGAACUUACUGACUCUGGCAUUUACCGCUGCAUAGCGUCCAAUCAAAAUGGAGAAGUCGAAACUAGCUGUCUUGUGACUAUAUACGAAGCACCUUCAAGUAAAUUUGGCACUCCGCCAAUAUUUACACGCAACAUUCGAGAGUACUACCAUCUGCGUGACGACGAGCUGACCAUCGAGUGCCACGUCCACGGCUACCCGCGACCAGUGAUCACCUGGUGGCGCGGCGCCUUCCAGGUGAAGCCAAGCUACAAAUUCACCAUGCUGGAGGAGGCGCACGGUGUGUGCAAGCUGCUGAUCUACAAGCCGGGUAACAAGGAUGGCGGCAUCUACACCAUGAAGGCCUUCAACUCCAGCGGUGAGGUGCAGAUCAACCACACGGUGGAGGUGGCCCGCAACCUGCACUACCAUGUGCCCGGCAUCUUCCACGCCCGCGAUAAGAUCCAGCUAGACAGCUUAAAGCAGGCCAAGAAGGCCAUGGAUGAGGCUCUCAAGUCGAAGGCCGACUCCGACCAGAGAAGGGCGGAGGCGGAGGAGGAGCAGCUGCGUCUGCAUCCGGCAAGGGCCACUCCGGAAAAGCUGGUGCCCGCCAAGCAGAAGUUGGCAUUUGCCACCCAGCUGCGCGAUCGCAUGGCGCUCGAGGGUUCCACCGUUAAGUUCGUGGCCACGGUAAUUGGACCCGCUCCCAAUACCCGCUGGAUGAAGGACGACAAGUGGGUGGUGGUGGGCGGCAACAUCAAGAACCUGUCCGAGGAGGGCAAGGCCAUCAUCGAGCUUAGCAACGUGACCGGCGCCGACUCCGGUGUCUACAAGUGCGUGGCCAAAAACGAUCUCAGCGAGAUCGAGACCUCCUGCUACUUCAAGGUGUACGCGGCACAGGCGGAUGGUGACGAGUCGGAGCCCAUUUUCGCCCUUCCCCUGCGAGAUGUGUACCAUGCCUCACAGAACGAUCUGAUUCUCGACACGAAGGUGCGCGGCAACCCCCGCCCAGAGAUCUCGUGGACCAAGGACCAGAUACCCGUGGUGAUCGACGAUCGGGUGGUGCAGAUCGAGCACUUGGACGGCAUCUGCGAGCUGAUUAUCAACAAGCCGACGAUCAAUGACAACGGCAUCUAUGUCUGCACCGCCAAGAGCAAACUGGGCACUCAGUCGACCACCCACACGGUCGUCGUCGACACCACUCACACGUCGCGUCGGUCGAGCAUCCUGUCCGCCAUUGCCAUGCAGGAAGGAGGCGAGUCAGCCGAGGGGGGCAAGGCCAAGGGCAAGAAGAAGAAGGACGACGAGCCGGAGGCCGCCGGAGAAGGUGGCUACGAGCGCCGCAGCCGGAUGCCGGAUCCUUCGCCCAAGCAGAUGCUGUACUUCACGGUCAACCUGUCCAAUCGGUACGUGGCCGAGGGCUCCAAGGUCAAGUUGCAGGCCGUCAUUGGCGGACCCCAGCCGAUGAUCAAGUGGCAGAAGGAUGACCAGAAUGUCACCUAUGGACCCAACAUUCGCAACAUGAACCGCGACUGCUUGGCGGUGCUAGAGUUUGUCAAUGCCCAAGUGGAGGACUCGGGCACCUACUCCAUUAUUGCCCAGAAUGAGUCGUGCAAGAUCACCACCUCCGCCAUGCUGCAUGUCUACCAGGCCAAGGUCAACACGGAUGUGCAACCCGUCUUCAUUCGCUCUCUGAAAGAAACCUAUCACCUGAACACCAACGAGCUAAUCCUGGAGACGGCUGUGAGGGGUCAGCCCACUCCCGAGGUCCAGUGGUUCAAGGACAGCAUCGAGAUCCAAAGCGGCGGUCGCUACCAGCUUAUCGAGCACCAGGACGGCACCCGGGAGCUCAUCAUCGAUCGGCCGGAUAACAAGGACUCCGGCAAGUAUGUGCUCAAGGCGGAGAGUCGCGCCGGCAAGAUGGAGAUCUCGCACUACGUGCUCUUCGAGGGUCAGGCCCAUCACAUCUCGGACAACAUCCACGGUGUGUUCCAUGCGGACAAGAGCCUUCUGCGCCCCAAGGAGGUGGAGAAGCCAGUGGAGAAGAAGCCUGCUCCUGCGGCUGCUGCCGCCGAGCCGGAAUCCGAGGCCGAGGACGGCAAGACAAAGAAGCGUGGCAAAAAGGAGGAGGAUGACUCCUCGGCCUACGCUACCGAUUACGCCUCCGAUACCGCCAGCUUGUCAAGCAAGCGUCGCGAAAAGAACAUCGCGAUCCAUUUCAGCACUUCGAUGAGAGAUCGCGUGGUGGCCGAGGGAUCCAAAGUGAAAAUUUCCUGCUUCCUGGAGGCCAAGGAGCCCCAAGUCAAGUGGUUUAAGGACGGCGAGCAGAUCCAAAACUCGCCGAAGAUCAGGGGCAGGUACAGCGAGGGCCUGUGCCUUCUGGAGAUCACGAGCGCCACCGCCGAGGACAAUGGCGAGUACAAGUGCUGGGGUCGUGACGAGACCGGUGAGGCCUCCACCUCGUGCCGUCUGGAGGUGUACGAGGAUCCGGGCACAGGUGAUGUGCCACCCACCUUUACGCGCAACAUCAAGGACACGAUGCACGGCAAGAUCAACGAGCUGCAGCUGGACGUACAUGUGCGCGGCCUGCCCACUCCCUCGGUCACGUGGGUGAAGGAUGGCGUCAAGGUGGAGAACAGCGACAAGUACCAGCAGGUUGACCACGACGACGGCACCUGCGAGCUGUUCAUCAGCCAUCCGAAGGCCUCGGACAGCGGCAAGUAUGUGUGCCAGGCGGAGAAUCGCGAGGGCAAAACUGAGAUUGUCCACGUGAUCACUGUGGAGCCGCGAGUCAGGGCUCCUCGCAUCUCGCCGCCCAGGGAGGGCAGACCUCCACGUCCGACCGGUGAUGAGGAGGCAACUCCAGCCGGAGAAGAAGGCGCCGAAGGUGAGGGCGGCGAGGGUGGCGAGGGAGGAGAGAAGCGCCGCAGGAAGCCCAAGCCGGAUGAGGAGGAGCAAACCAGCUCCAGACGUGAGGUGCCACCGCCGCCGGAUCUAAGGAAGCGCCUCUACUUCAGGAACUUCCUCUCCAACCGAACGGUGAAAUCGGGCAGCAACGUCAAGUGGAUGGUGAAUAUUGAUGGACCUGAGCCAACGGCCAAGUGGUUCUUUGGUGACCAACCGAUAGCCUUCGGACCGAGGAGCAAGAUGUCCAUGCAGGACGGUAUCGCCUGGUUGAACCUCGUUGGAGUCACAGAAGAGGAUGCCGGAGAAUACACUUUGCGGGUCAGGGGUAGUGAAAACGAAAUCGUGAGCACUUGCAAUUUGUUUGUGUACAGCACGGCCAAGCCGGAAGUUAUUUCGCCCACCUUUGUAGUGGGUAUCAAAGACACAUAUUCUCUCAACGAGAAUGAGUUGGUUCUGGAUUGCCGCGUACGUGGCCAGCCGCGUCCCGAGAUCCAGUGGGUCAAGGGCACCGAACCCAUCGAAAGCAACGAGAAGUACAAGCUGAGCGACCAGGCCGAUGGCUACGCCAAGCUGACCAUUGUGAAUCCCACGGAAAAGGAUUCGGGCGUCUAUUGGUGCGUGGCCCGCAACGAGGGAGCCGAGAACAAGAUCUCCCACCAGGUGGACUUCAAGGGCCGCCAGCACUACUCGCUGCAGAAGACGCACGGCUUCUUCCACCGCGACCCCAACAAGCCGCACUUCCUGCUACCCUUGGGCAACCAGACGGUCUGCAACGGCGGCACCGUGGCCAUCUCGGCAGAGUUCAUGCAGACCAGCACACCAAUCGAGGUGAAGUGGCUCCGCGAUCGCCGUGUGGUGGAUGGACCCAAUGUGAAGGCCCUGACCGACAAAGGCGUCUACACGCUGACCAUCAUGAAUGCCGGUCCCGAGGUUGAGGGCACCUAUACCUGCCGCGCCUCCAACGCCUUCGGUCGCAUCGAGUCCAAUGUCAACGUGGACGUUGCCGUGGGAGCUGAGAAGGAUGAGCGUCCUCCGUUGUUCCUGUCGCGACCGGACACCGAAAUGAAGAUCGCCGUGGGCGAUCCCUUCUCGCUGUCCUUCCGCAUUGCCGGCGAACCGAAACCGAAGCUCACCUUCAUGAAGGGCACGAAGGACAUUACCCAGUCGGAUCGGGUCAGCAAAGAGGUGUCCGACGACUACACAAGAUUCUCUGUGCAGCAAGCCCAGAUCUCCGAUUCUGGCACUUACUUCGUGGUGGCCCGCAACAACUUUGGCACUGACAGGAUAUUCGUCACUGUGACGGUAAACCCGCGCGCUCGCUCCGCCACUCCAACGCAACCACGCUGGGGCCUUCCCCUGGACAGCUAUAGCGACACUUCGUAUUUCAGAGAUCCACCGGGUUGCAUUUCCACCGAACCCCUGGUCGUUGAUUCUGGACCCACCCACAUCUCAUUGUCAUGGGGCAAGCCGGUUAGUGCCAAUUCUGCUCCGGUGAUGGCCUACAAGGUGGAGGCCUGGGUUGUGGGUCACGAGGGCGGCGCCUACUGGCGGGAGCUGGGCCUGACGCCCAUCAACUCCUUCGACGCCUUCAACCUGAAGCCCAACGUGGAGUACCACUUCCGAGUGACGCCCAAGAACCGAUAUGGUUGGGGACCCACAGUCCAGACCAGUAGUGCCCUCCAAGUGGGCGGCGUCGAGUGCCUGCCGGAGUUCGUCAAGAUCCUGCCGGGCCAGGCCAAGGCGCUGCUCGGCUCCUCCUUCACCCUGCAGUGCAACAUGCGUGGAGCGCCGAGGCCGCAGGUCAACUGGUUCAAGGAUGGCAUUCAACUGAGCAGCAGUUCGGAACGCGUCAAGAUUCGGCAGAUCGGUUCCACCUGUGCCCUAACCAUCGCCACGGUCAGCGAACUGGACUCCGGCCGAUACACCUGCGAGGCCACCAACUCUAAGGGCAGAGUCUCCACCUUUGCCCGCCUCCAGGUUGUCUCUGAUUCGCGGAUCUAUGAGGCGGACUCGCGUCUGAAGGAGAUUGCCCAUGGUCGUAAUGUGGCUGAUGUCGGUGACUCACUGCCCAUUUUCACUAUGCGCCUGAGGGAUCGUCGCGUCCAGGUCACCUACCCAGUGCGACUCACCUGCCAGAUUGUGGGCUAUCCCGUUCCGGAGAUCCUGUGGUACAAGGACGAUCAGCUCAUCCAUACCGAUAGGAAGCAUCUCAUCAGUGCCGAGGGACAGUUCUUUACGCUGGAAAUUGCCGCAACCACGUUGGACGACAGCGGUACCUACACCUGCCUGGCGAAGAACGAACUGGGCUCCGUGUCCUGCCACUGCACCCUGGUCGUGGACAAGGGCAUCCGGGCCUACAUCUCACCCGACUUCUAUGUGCCCUUGGAUCCCUUCUACAUUUUCCGUGAGGGCUCCGAAAUCCGCCUGUCCACGAAAGUGGAGGCAUAUCCAUCCGUUGGUGUCACCUGGCAUCGCAACGGGAUGCGCCUGCGUCCCAGUCGUCGACUGACCGCCACCUUGGACUCCAAUGGAUUUGUGGAGCUCAUCAUUGCCGAGGCUACGAUGAGGGAUGCCGGCAUUUAUGUGUGCGUUGCAUCCAACGUUGUGGGCAAAGUAGAGACCAUCUGCCGGGUGGCAAUUGAGGAGGAGGAGAACAAGUCAAUGGCUUCGUCACGUCAGCUGGAAAUUCCCAGCAUCAAGACUGAUGAUCUUCCUUAUUCCAAGGAGCCCCUGUUUGUGGUCAAGCCGCGUUCCAGCGAAGCCUACGAGGGCGACAACGUCAUCAUAUUCUGCGAGGUGGUCGGCGAUCCCAAGCCCGAAGUCGUUUGGCUGCGCGAUUUUCUGAACCCGGAGUACUACAAGGACGCGCCCCACUUCCGGCGCAUUGGAGACGGACCAGAGUACAGAUUGGAGAUACCCAGCGCCAAGUUGGACUUCACCGGCACCUAUUCCGUGAUAGCCAGCAAUUGCCAUGGCGAGGCCAAGGCUGUAAUAUCGCUACAAAUAUUCGCCAAAGAUAUACUCAACAAAAGCCGCAUGGAUAAAGUGCACACGAGACAUGGCAACAUCGAGACCCUUCCCCGAUUCGUUCGCAACCUGCGAAACCUGCGCUGUUGCGAUGGGGAUGCGAUAUCGCUGGAGUGCCACGUCGAGGCCGAUCCGGAGCCGUUCAUCAUCUGGGAGAAGGACGGGCACGUGGUGCCCAGCGAUCGGGACUACGUGAUGUCCUUCGAUGGCACGAAGGCCACGCUGAGCAUUCCGCGCGUGUAUCCCGAGGACGAGGGCGAGUACACAUGCGUGGCGAAGAACUCGGUGGGCCGCAGUCUCUCCUCCGCCUGCAUCAUCGUGGACGUGCCCGAGGAGAAGGAGAACAUGCUGAGUCGCCAGCUAACGCGUCCCAGUGGCCUGCUCUCCGCCCACUCCACGCCCCGUUCCACGCCGAGAUCGACGCCCGCCAGGAGCUUCUCCCCUCUGCGUCUAUCCUACCGCACCAGCAGCAUCGAUCUGUCCGGAAUUUCGGAGCGCAGGCGAAGUGACGCCCGCAAUGCCAUCACGGCGCCCAAGUUCCUCGCCAUUCCCUACAACCGCGUGGUCGAGGAGGGCGACAGCGUGCGCUUCCAGUGCGCCAUCUCCGGACAUCCCACGCCGUGGGCCACCUGGGACAAGGACGGCCUGAUUGUCACGCCCACGCCGCGCAUCGCCGUCAAGGAGAUCGACGACCUCCGCAUCAUCGAGAUCGAUGAGGUGUCCUUCGACGAUGCCGGCCUGUAUCGCGUCACGCUGGAGAACGACUUCGGGCGGAUCGAGGCCACCGCUCGCUUGGAUGUCAUCCGCAGCUCCCGCUACUCCAAGUCGCCCUCCGUGCGCAGUGUGCGCGCCUCCUCCUCCCGCCGAAACGCCCACUUGUACAGGCGCAUCAUGGGUCCAUCCACAGCAAUUGGCGGACGCAUGGCUCUGGCAAGUGGCUAUCGGGGCUCCUCGGUGCCCUCGGUGAGGUUCUACCACAACAACGUGGAGCUGGAGGAGUCGGAGCGAGUGCACAUUCUGCUGCAGGAAGAGGAAUCGAUGGCCCUGCUGAUCGUGGACAAUGUGACGCGAGAGGACGAGGGCCUGUAUACCUGCAUCUUUAGCGGCGACCACGAUCCCCUGAUCAGUUCCACCGCAGUCACCUUCCACGAACCAAAUACGGAGAUUCUGAGGCGUCGCGCCGUCAUCACGGAACCACUGCCUGAGAUUACUAAAUCGCUGGAGGGCGAGGUGAUCGAUCUGUGCUGCGCAAUCCAAUGCGACGAGCCCUACAGCUACGUGUGGCUGCGGAAUGGCGAAAUUCUACCGGACAGUGAUGAGUUCAAUUACAUUGAUCAUGGCAAUGGACGUCUGUGCCUGCGAAUCAACGACGCCUUCGACAUUGACUCGGGCAUCUACAGCUGCCAGGUGUUCACCAGCGGAAUCAAUGACUCCGCCUCCACCUGGAACUGGAACUGGAGCUCCACCUGCCACUCCGAUUCGCUGUCCAUCUCCAGCGAAUGCGACUGCAGCACCAGCGGGGAGCUGUGCGUUCUGGAGCGGGAUCUUCGUGGGCAGGAUGAGGAGUGUGUCCAGCUCCUGAAGUCACCACUUCCGGUUGUCUGCGGUUCCGGCGAGGAAGCCCUGUUCUACGCCCGUGUUUUCCCCUGCCAAGCGGAAGCCGAAUGGUACCUCAACGGGCAACUUUUGGCCCACUCGGAUGACUCACUUAACAUGACGUUGGAGUCAUAUCCAGAGAACGGCAUUCGGCUUCUGCGCAUGCGUGACGUCACCGCGUCAAGGAGCGGAGAGAUCUGCCUGCAGGUGAAGCACCCCCAGGCGGAAACCCGGCGCAUACCCGCCACCCGUACUUACACCACCCUCCUGGUACUGCCCGCCAUCAGGGGCAACAGCUCCAGCUCCUCGCUGGCGGCCAGAAGCUGCAUUUUGAGACGCCCCGAGGACUGCACCGCCCUCAUCGGUGGACAUGUUCGGCUGAGCGUUCGCUACGAGCCAUUCCCGGGCACCAAAGUCAUCUGGUACAAGGCGUGCCAUCCCAUUGUGGAGAGCUCCAAUGUGACGAUCCGGACUUCGGGCCAACAGUCGACGCUCUACAUCACGGACAUCUCGGCGGACGACAGUGGCAAGUACACGGUGGAGGUGAUGAAUGACUACGGCGUGGAGGCUUCGGCUGCCUCGGUGGCAGUUGAGGGUCCUCCAGAGCCACCAAGUGGCCAACCCAGCGUCUCCCUAGGACCAGAUCGCGUGGCAGUAGCCUGGUGCGGUCCACCCUACGACGGUGGCUGUAUGAUCACGGGCUUCAUCAUUGAGAUGCAGACCAUUGGUGAGGACUGCGAUAAGGACAACUGGCAGCAGGUGACCCGCGUGGUGGACACCCUGGCCUACACCGUCAAGAACCUCCAGCCGCAGCUGCAAUACCGAUUCAGGAUUCGUGCUGAGAAUAUCCACGGACGCAGUGAACCCGGUCAGGCCAGCGAACUGGUGCAGAUCACCAGCAAGCCACAGAGGACCACAGCGGAUGUCACCGAUCAUUUCGGCCAGUCGGUGAGCGUCCAAUCCGGCGGAGACUUCAAGUCGCGAUUCGAGAUCAUCGAGGAGCUGGGCAAAGGACGCUUUGGCAUCGUCUACAAGGUGCAGGAGCGCGGUCAGCCGGAGCAGCUGCUGGCUGCCAAGGUGAUCAAGUGCAUCAAGUCACAGGAUCGUCAGAAGGUGCUCGAGGAGAUCUCCAUCAUGCGUUCACUGCAGCAUCCGAAACUGCUCCAACUAGCAGCCUCCUUCGAAAGUCCCAGGGAGAUUGUCAUGGUGAUGGAGUACAUUACUGGCGGUGAGCUAUUUGAACGCGUGGUGGCUGACGACUUCACCCUGACCGAAAUGGACUGCAUCCUGUUCCUGCGACAGGUUUGCGAUGGAGUGGCCUACAUGCACAGCCAGAGUGUGGUGCAUCUGGACCUGAAGCCCGAGAACAUUAUGUGCCAUACCCGCACCAGCCACCAGAUCAAGAUCAUUGACUUUGGCCUGGCCCAACGGCUGGAUACGAAAGCGCCCGUCCGCGUCCUCUUUGGAACGCCCGAGUUUAUACCACCAGAGAUCAUUAGCUACGAACCCAUUGGAUUUAAGUCCGAUAUGUGGAGCGUAGGUGUCAUAUGCUAUGUGCUGCUAUCGGGUCUUUCCCCCUUCAUGGGCGACACCGAUGUGGAAACCUUCUCGAACAUUACAAGAGCCGAUUACGACUACGAUGACGAGGCCUUCGACUGCGUUUCCCAGGAGGCCAAGGACUUUAUCUCACAGUUGCUGGUGCACCGAAAGGAGGAGCGCCUGACCGCCCAGCAGUGCCUGGAAUCCAAGUGGUUGUGCCAGCGCCACGAUGACCAUCUCAGUAACAACAAGAUCUGCACGGACAAGCUGAAGAAGUUCAUCAUUCGGCGCAAGUGGCAGAAAACGGGCAAUGCCAUCCGUGCUCUUGGACGCAUGGCCAGUUUGUCGGUGUCGCGAAGGAACUCAGCCAUUGCCAUGGGCGCACUGAGUAGUCCAAGGCCCUCGAUUUCGGGACUGAGCAUGCUGACGGCCAGUGCCAUUGGCAUUGGGAUGAGUUCCCAGAUGACAUCCCUCCACGAAGAGGAGGACGACUUCAGCGUGGAGAUGCCGCCAGUGGAGAAGCGUACCGUACUUAAGCUGCGCGAUAAAUCACAGUGCAGUGAGCGAAGUGACUCCGGCUACAGCGAGUGCUCCAACUGCAGUGGAGCCCAGGAGACGCUGCUCCUCUCGUUGGCCAAGUCAAAGCUGGAGGCGAUUGCCAAGGCGAGCUCCUCCUCGCCCACCGUUGUCCAGGACGCGGAGCUUCACCCUGUCACCCUGGAACUGCCCGCCAAGGGCGGCGAGGCCAUCAUGCGAUCCGACUUCACCAACACCAUCAAGAUGCGGAAAAAGUCACUGGAGGACAGUGCCGCCCGGGAGAAGCCUAAGGCCAAGCCCCAGGUCAAGCCUCUGUGUGAGUCCAAGCUGAAGGUGUCCCAGCUGAAGGACAGGUUCCAGGUGUCCCCUCCUGCUUCUGCAUCCGCAUCCGCUGCUAACAAACCUCCGCUUGCCUUUGAGCCCUUCAAAAUAGCCAAGGUGGCGAGUGUGGGACGCAUCAGUAGAACAGAGGAGUCGGGGAAAACGGGACGAGGCACCGCUUCCAGCCUGCCCAGUGGAUCCUCCAAAGGCAGACCUCCUCAGGCGCGGUCCAUGCCCAGCUCUCCGCUGCCCCAGCGAUCCGCCACGCCGACGCGGCUGAUGAGCCAGCGGGUCCGCGAGGCCGCCGAGCGACUUGCCCAACAGCACACGGUGGCCAGUGCUCAGCGGCAGUUUGGCAAUGCCAAAAGUAUUGGCAAUGGCAAUGGCAAUGGGAACACGGCGAACACGGAGACAGGUCGCGAAUCACGCGCUCGACGUCUCAUCAACCGAUUCAACAACGAAACGCAGCAUAUCACGUCCUAGAUUAAGUCGGUUAAAUGCCGACCAACAUAACUUUAUUACAGAUUUAGCAGAUAUAGCAUUGUUAAGCAAGAAACCCCAGAGAAACUCUACGAACACUCGAAUAUGAAGCGAAUGCGAAGCGACUGCGGAUCAGAACGCACCCACAGUCCAGGAUCCACAACACACAGUGCACACCCAACCCCACACUCACAGUAGGAUAUGUCGGCAUCCAGGUGGAUGCACUCCCUCCAGUCAGAGGGACUGUACUUAGGCUAGAGGCAGCUAAGUGUUUAAAUUAUUGUAUCGAUUUAUAUACAUAUUUACCAUACUAAUUAAAGUUAAUGUAACGAAAAA